GAAGCGACGACAUCAGGAGUAAUCAAAGGGCAAAGAUGAGGCCAAUUCUGCCCCAAGUGUGCUGGCGUCGCCCUCCAGGAGGUAGUGGGUUGGGGUUUAGCUGGGUUUUAGCAACCAUUGCAGCAGAUUCAGGAGAAUUCUCCAAGGAGGACUGAGAUGGGGUCCCUGAAAAAGGAAGGAGGUGAAGGAGAACCAGAGGAAGAACCUAUCCUGGCGGAGCAAUCUGAACGGUUUUGCAUGUUUCCUAUCAAGUAUAGGCAAUUAUGGGAGAUGUACAAGAAGGCGGAAGCGAGUUUCUGGACAGCUGAGGAAGUAGAUCUUGCACAAGAUGUGUAUCAAUGGGAGACCUUGACAAGCAACGAGAAGCACUUUAUUAGUCAUGUUCUGGCAUUUUUUGCUUCAUCAGAUGGCAUUGUUUUGGAGAAUUUAGCUGCUCGAUUUUUAAAAGAUGUACAAAUUCCAGAGGUUCGAGCAUUUUAUGGUUUUCAGAUUGCCAUGGAGAACAUCCAUUCAGAAAUGUAUAGCUUACUUCUGGAGACAUACAUUAAGGACCAGAAAGAGAAGCAUAGGCUGUUCCAUGCCAUUGAGAGCAUCCCAUGUGUUGCUAGAAAGGCUCAAUGGGCACUCAACUGGAUUCAGAGUUCUACUUCAUUUGCAGAGAGACUUGUUGCUUUUUCAUGUGUUGAGGGAAUCUUCUUCUCAGGAAGCUUCUGUGCGAUAUUUUGGCUUAAAAAGAGAGGCUUAAUGCCAGGAUUGACCUUCUCUAAUGAGCUUAUUUCAAGAGAUGAGGGUCUUCACUGUGAUUUUGCAUGUGUUCUUUACAGGUUAUUGCACAGACCCCUGAAUGAACAAAGAAUUUACCAAAUUGUGCAUGAUGCUGUAGAAAUCGAAAUUCAAUUUGUUUGUGAAGCACUUCCCUGUGACCUGAUUGGCAUGAAUUCGGUUCUUAUGAGUCAAUACAUAAAAUUUGUGGCUGAUCGCCUGCUGGACUCUCUAGGUUACAGCAGAAAGUAUAACGUCUCCAACCCAUUUGACUGGAUGGAAUUCAUCUCUUUGCAGGGCAAAUCAAACUUCUUUGAACGAAGAGUUGGAGAUUACCAGAAAGCUUGUGUGAUGCAGAGCAUAAAACAGGGAGCAAACAAUUUUGUUUUUAGUAUGGACGAAGAUUUCUGAGAUGCAGAAAUCGUCAAGCUAGUCAUUUGAAGGUUGUAUCAGCUGCCAAGGACAAGAUUCUUAAGUGAAUGCCGUCCAGUUGUCUUAGUAUGCUGGUCAUGGUUUCUUUCCUUUCUAUGGGCAUUUAUCUUGUUUUUAAUAUCUUCUUUGAACACCAUCUAGGUGGACAUGUUGAGGAAUUUAGCGGUUGUGGUGCAAUGUCACUUGUAGCUCGGAAGAAUUUCUAGCUGUUCAAGAUUUUCACGUUCGUUGAUAAAAUGAAGAUUGCAGGGAUUGUACCA